AUGACAGAGACGAAGGCAAAGGAUUCCCAGGCUCCCCACGUGGCGGGCGGCGCGCCCACACCCGUCGGAUCGCCUCUGUCGGGACGCCGGGACGCUGGCUCCUUCCAGGCGAGUCAGACCUCGGACGCCUCGCCUGUAGUUUCGGCCAUACCCAUCUCCUUAGACGGGCUGCUCUUCCCUCGUCCCUGCCAGGGACAGAAUGCUGACGGGAAGACGCGGGACCAGCAGCCGCUGUCAGACGUGGAGGGGGCGUAUCCCAGAGUAGAAGCCACAAGCAGUGCAGGAGCUGAGAGCUCUAGACCUCCAGAAAAAGACAGAGGGCUGCUGGACAGUGUCUUGGACACGCUACUGGAGCCCGCAGGCCCGGGGCAGAGCCACGCCAGCCCUCCUGCUUGUGAGUCCACAAGCCCUUGGUGCCUGUUUGGCUCCAAGCUUCCCGAAGAACCCCGGGUUGCCCCCACCACCCAGGGGGUGUCGUCCCCGCUCAUGAGCCGGCCAGAGAACAAGGCUGGCGACAGCUCCGGGAGGGCAACUGCCCAUAAAGUGCUGCCCAGGGGCCUGUCACCGUCCCGGCAGCUGUUGCCCCUGACCUCUGGGAACCAUCCUUGGCGGGGGGCCGCCGUGAAACCAGCACCGCAGCCCGCUGUGGUGGACGUAGAGGAGGAGGAUAGCUUCGAGUCCGAGGGCUCCGUGGGUCCGCUUCUGAAAGGCAAAUCCCGGCCUCUGGGAGGCACAGCAGCUGCAGGAGCUGCGGCCACCUCUCCUGGAGUGGCCACAGGAGGCGUCACCCUGGUCCCCAAGGAAGAUUCCCGCUUCUUAGCGCCCAAGGUCUCCCUGGCGGAGCAGGACGCGCCCGCGGCGCCCGGGUGCUCCCCGCUGGCCACCACGAUGAUGGAUUUUAUCCACGUGCCCAUUCUGCCCCUCAACUCGGCCUUCCUGGCCGCCCGCACCCGGCAACUGCUGGAAGGGGAGAACUAUGACGGCGGGGCUGCGGCUGUCAGCGCCUUUGCCCCGCCGCGGGGCUCGCCCUCGGCUUCGUCCACCCAGGUAGCUGCCAGCGACUUCUCCGACUGUGCAUACCCGCCCGACACCGAGCCCAAGGACGAUGGGUUCCCGCUCUAUGGCGACUUCCAGCCGCCUGCCCUGAAGAUCAAGGAGGAAGAGGAAGGCACCGAGGCAGCUGCGCGCUCCCAGCGGCAGUACCUGGUGGCGGGUCCUAAUCCCGCUGUUUUCCCGGAUUUGCCGCUGGCUCUGCAGCCGUUACCUCCGCGAGCGCCAUCGUCCAGACCCACGGAAGCGGCGGUGGCGGCCGCCGCACCCGCCAGUGCCUCUGUCUCCUCGGUGUCCUCGUCGGGGUCGACCCUAGAGUGCAUCUUGUACAAAGCCGAGGGCGCGCCGCCACAGCAGGGCCCGUUUGCUCCGCCGCCCUGUAAGGCGCCAGGGGCAAGCGCCUGCCUGCUGCCCCGGGACGGUGCCUCCACCUCGGCUUCGGCUGUCGCUGCGGGGGCGGCCCCCGCGCUCUACCCGCAGCUCAGCCUCAACGGGCUCCCGCAGCUCGGCUACCAGGCCGCCGUGCUCAAAGAGGGCUUACCGCAGGUCUACCAGCCUUAUCUCAACUACCUGAGGCCGGAUUCAGAUGCCAGCCAGAGCCCACAGUACAGCUUCGAGUCAUUACCUCAGAAGAUUUGUUUAAUCUGUGGAGAUGAAGCAUCAGGCUGUCAUUACGGUGUCCUCACCUGUGGGAGCUGUAAGGUUUUCUUUAAAAGGGCAAUGGAAGGGCAGCAUAACUAUUUAUGUGCUGGGAGAAAUGACUGCAUUGUUGAUAAAAUCCGCAGAAAAAACUGCCCAGCAUGUCGCCUUAGAAAAUGCUGUCAGGCUGGCAUGGUCCUUGGAGGUUUUCGAAAUUUACAUAUUGAUGACCAGAUAACUCUCAUCCAGUAUUCUUGGAUGAGCUUAAUGGUGUUUGGACUAGGAUGGAGAUCUUAUAAACAUGUCAGUGGACAAAUGCUAUAUUUUGCACCUGAUCUAAUACUAAAUGAACAGAGGAUGAAGGAAUCAUCAUUCUAUUCAUUAUGCCUCACCAUGUGGCAAAUCCCACAGGAGUUUGUCAAGCUUCAAGUUAGCCAAGAAGAGUUCCUGUGUAUGAAAGUAUUGCUACUUCUUAAUACAAUUCCUUUGGAAGGACUAAGAAGUCAAAAUCAGUUUGAAGAGAUGAGAUCAAGCUACAUUAGAGAGCUCAUCAAGGCAAUUGGUUUGAGGCAAAAAGGAGUUGUCUCUAGCUCACAGCGUUUCUACCAACUUACAAAACUUCUUGAUAACUUGCAUGAUCUUGUCAAACAGCUUCAUCUGUACUGCUUGAAUACAUUUAUCCAGUCCCGGGCACUGAGUGUGGAAUUUCCAGAGAUGAUGUCUGAAGUUAUUGCUGCGCAGUUACCCAAGAUCUUGGCAGGGAUGGUGAAACCUCUGCUCUUUCAUAAAAAGUGAAUGCCAUUUUUAUCUUUAAAAAUUAAAUUCUGUGAUAUGUCUGUUUUUCUUUUGGUCGGGAUUAUAAGGUCUCGGGUUUUUACAAUGUUCUUCUCAAAGCCUUACAUUUAUAACGUAUAUUGUGUAAAUUUCAGAGAAAAUUGUGAAGUUUUAAUUGUUCUCCUUUAUAAAGUAUAAUUAGAAUUUUAAGGUGUUUUUGUGUACCUAUAUAUUCUUUAACAGUUUACAAGAUUGAAAAGUACUAAAAUUGAUUGCCAAAGUAAACUUAAUUUUGUCCAUACUAU